ACUACUACAACAACAGCGAAUUUAAGCGCAACAACGCCAGCGAAAGAUCAUUAUAAUAAUUCGUUGCUGCUGAGUCGGGUCGCAGGAAGCGGACAGUUGCGCACAAGUAGAUCUCCAUCGGACACACGCAGUUCCGAACAAAAUUUGCUAUGUAUUUAAGUGUUACUCCAUCAAAGGCUUUGAAAGCAUUUAAUAUUUUUUUUUUAUUAAAAAAAAGUUAUUAAGAAAUCUAAAAUCGGCGUGCAAUUUCCAAAAUCUAAAAUAAUUUUUAAACUGUAAUUGAAUUGCUAGAAAGUACAAAUAUUCAUACAUUAAGUGUACAUUGCUGUGAGUUUUAACACACUGUGCUUCUUCUUCUUGUUCUCGUUCUUGAUCUUUUUCCGCUCAUUAUUAUUGUUUUGCGCAUUUCGAACAAUUCGAAGACAUUCAACAAAUACUGCAAUACACGCUAAAUACGCUCUCACGCACGCACUCACAUGCACACACAAGCUAUCAAAGCAAAAGAUAUCUCCAAAAAUUAGCGAAAGAAGAAGAAAUAGCUUUGCUGCACACGCCCGCACGCAUUUCGCUUGCUUUUUAGAUUCAAACGCAAACAGCUGCGACAAGGAUAACAACACUGAGUUACAACAAAUACUAAAUAGAGAGCACUGCUAAUUGAAUAAUAAAAAUAUUCGAAAGCAAUUAGCAACAACAACAACAAAGCAAACAAACCAUACAUGAUCAAUCAAAUAUAUGCAUACAACUAAAACAUUCUAAAAAGCCAACAACAAUAAGCUGCUUGUUCUUCGUUAAUAUCUGCAUAGUUGCUGUUAGUAUUGUUAUUAUUAUUGUUGUGUUACCAGUUGUUGUCAGUCAAUUGGGCUGCACGCGCCCAAUGAAGCGCCAAAAUAUACAUAAAAUUUGAAUAAACUUAGAUAAAACAGUGAAUACAAAAGCAUAAACUUAACUAUAAUUUCAACACUUUACUCCAAAUCUAUAAACAACAAUUACAACAACAAAACUACUUGACGGCACCGCACAACAAAUCACAAUAUACGACUGUCUCUGUACGGUUGGGUGCACCGCUCACGUGCUAAUUGGAUACUCCUCUGUUACCUUCAAUUUUUGUCAACACUACUCACUUGAUAUCGCUGCUAUUUCGAAUUCGCAUUUUUUGUUGCUUGUGCGUCCCACAGUGUCACGUGAACGCAGCAAUCGCGGUAACAGCACCGAUUCGGCGGGGCAGCACGAACGUUUGGCUCUCAGCGGCACAGCGCCAUCAGCACUGACGUCCUCAACGGCCGGAUCGACGGUGGUCGGCACCACCGGCACACUGGGCGGCGCUGGAGCAUCAGGAACUUCGCUCGCGACAACCACAUCGACGGGCGGUGUCAGCAGUUACGGCAGCAGCACUAUGACCGGUUGUAUCGGCAGUGGCAACAGUGGCGCCACUGUCGCCACAUUUCGUGGCUUCCGUAGCCACUCGCCGUCAAGUCGACGCAGUCGCGAACGCAAUCGUCGCGAGUUCCAGCGCACACACGGCUCUGAUCAGGGCGGUCUGUUGGCCUAUAGUGGUUUGAGUGGCUUAAGUAUUGGUGGAAUUAGCAGCGGCGGUGGUAUCGGUGUUGGUGGCAUCAGUGGCGGCGGCUUCACUGUAGGUGGUGGUGAUGGUAGCACACUGGAUGGUAUGGGCGGCAUUGGUGCCGAGGAUUCGCGUUUAUCAGGCAACGAGGAUCUCUGCUAUCAAUCGUUCGCUUCUGACGAACAGGAUGGCACACAAUUGGAUGACAGCAAGAAACAUCAUCGUCGGCAUGAACGUACCUCCAGCUUGCAAGCGCUCGAUCGUCUCAACACGAAAAUCCAAUGUACAAAGGAGUCAAUACGGAAGGAACAAACAGCCCGAGAUGAUAACGUGAAUGAAUAUUUGAAAUUGGCGGCGAGUGCUGAUAAGCAACAGUUACAGCGAAUAAAGGCCGUUUUCGAGAAGAAAAAUCAGAAAAGCGCACACAGUAUCUCGCAGCUACAGAAGAAACUUGACAACUACACGAAGCGGGCGAAAGAUUUAACCAACCAUCAAUUCGCGAAUAAGAGUCAACAUCGUCAGCCGCGUGAGGUACUGCGUGACGUGGGCCAGGGCUUAAGAAAUGUCGGCGGCAACAUACGCGACGGUAUCACUGGCUUUUCCGGUUCGGUGAUGUCUAAGCCGCGUGAAUUUGCACAUUUAAUUAAGAAUAAAUUCGGUAGCGCUGAUAAUAUUAAUCAAAUGUCAGAAACUGAAAUCAACAACAUUAACAUGCCGGUCAAUGCUGAACUGAUUGGCAGUUCGACGCCGAAUAAUAACAUAGCGGCCACCUCCACCGGUUCGGGUAAUACUGGUGGCGCGGGUAGCGGAAAAUUUAAUAGCGAUAAUGGUAGUGAAUGCAGCAGCGUUACCAGCGAGAGCAUACCAGCCGGCUCUGGCAAGAGUCAAUCGGGCGCGAGUCAAUAUCAUCUUGUACUCAAAUCGCUUUUAACCGAAUUGGCUGAGCGUAAAGAUGAAAUCGAGAAACUAAAAGAGCGUGUUGAACGACUAGAGACUGCACAAAAGGAAUUAAACAGCUUAACUUCAACGCUAGAAAGUGAACGUUACCGUGCCGAAAGUUUAGAGGAGCAAAUUAACGAUUUAACCGAACUGCAUCAGAAUGAAAUUGAAAACCUAAAGCAAACAAUUGCUGAUAUGGAGGAAAAGGUGCAAUAUCAAAGUGAUGAGCGAUUGCGCGACGUUAAUGAAGUACUGGAAAAUUGCCAAACGCGGAUAUCCAAAAUGGAACAUUUAUCACAACAACAGUACGUGACCGUCGAGGGUAUAGACAAUUCGAAUGCACGAGCGCUCGUCGUCAAGCUUAUUAAUGUCGUUUUAACGGUAUUACAAGUGGUACUGUUAUUGGUGGCGACGGCGGCAGGCAUCAUAAUGCCAUUCCUGAAGACGAGAGUGCGCGUUCUGACGACAUUCUUAUUCAUUUUCUUCAUUAUAUUUGUGAUACGACAAUGGCCGGAUGUGCAAGACAUCGGCGCUGGACUGAUGCGACAUUUAAAGGAAUCAUUGGUUGUCAAAUGAAGUAUGUAAAUGGCGCGCUUGUAAACAAACAAUGCAUAAACGUAGACGUAAGCACACAAUGAAAGCGAUAAUGCAAUGAAAUGUGAAAAUUUGCAGGCAGCAGACAGUAAUGGCAGCAAUACAUAGAGACGUGUGAAUGUAGCAGCAAUUAGUUAUAGAAAUUUUGUUAAUUUUGAUUAGCUGUUAGUGUCAUUAGAGAAAUAUGGAAAACAAUAUGCAAAUAAAUUACAAUGUUAAAUACUAUUAAUAAUAAUACAUACAUACAAACAAACAAACAUAUAUAUAGAGAGAGAAAGUAAUGCUAUAAAUUAGUGCAAAAAAGCACCCGGUCUUGUACAGCUGCACUGUGCUGAAAGUGUCGUUUAGUGCGAGUGCGCGUCUAGCAAAGAUUUACACGUGUGACAUAUUUAACUAUUUUAUAUUAAUUUUAUGUUUAAGUACGUACAAUAUUCGAGCCACAAUACAUUGCAAAGAAAAUACUCGUAUGUAAUUGGAACUAUUUUUAUUGGGUUUUUUCAUAUGCAGCAUGUACGUACAUAAAGUAUGUUAAAACUGCACCAGUAUAUGAGUAUGCCGUUAGUUAUACUUUUUGUAUGUGCUCAUUUAUGCACGACAUUCACACACACAUACACACACUUUGAAAUAGUGAAUAGUAAGUUCAAAAUGCUCUUCUGCCAUUUUUUUAAUAUCUAUUAUCUCAAAUAUGUUUUUUAAUAGUGUAAAUUGCAUUUUUUUUUAAUUUUUUUAAUUUUAUGUUUUAUAAAAAGUUUUCAGCCAAAACAAUUAUUUAAAAAAUAUCUCCAAAAACCAUUAGAAGUUUUGACUUUUACAACGUUUUUCGAAUAUUUUUGCUACAUCAAAAAAUUUGUUCUAAAAAGCUUGCGUUGCGAUAUUUUCGCAUUUACGAUCGCUGUUAUGAGCAACAACAAGAAAACUUUAAGUAAGAAAGCCUUAGUAAGUCGGCUUAUUUUAUAAGACAGCCAAAGCCGCUGAGUACAAAAGGCGCGCACACAAAACGCAAACAUCGUUUGAAGGCUAAAAUAAAUAACUCAAUAAAUAAUACAUAUACAAUUUCAAAAUAUAACUUGCUCUUGUAUGGUACUUCAAUUUAAUAGAAAUGCAACCAUUUCAAAUAGAAAACUAUAAUUUUUUUUAACAAUUUUCGGUAUUUAUAUUAUUGCAUAUUUAAAUAACUGUAAUUAACUGUAUAUUGCGUGUAUUUAAAAGUAUGCUGAUUUUGGUGGAGUUUUACGUAAUUUUAAACGAUAGUUGUUAGUUAUAGCGAACAUUAAUUAUGCGUAAAUGCAUUAAGAUGCCCUAUUGUAGCGUAAUUUUCGAGCAUAAAUCAACUUAAAAUGAAAGAAUAAGCUUAUUUUACAAAACGCAGACUUUUGUAUGUUGUAUUUAGUAAGUGAAGUGACAUGUGUGUUGGGAUUGAAAAAAUGUGUAGUUUGCAUUGGAGUUUAAGUAAAACGGCCUAGAAAUCUAGAUUUUUUUAUAAAAACUAUUUGUAGCGCAAUUGUUUCCUUAAAAAUAUAAAUUCUCAAAAAUAUAAAUAUGUGGAAUAUUCAAUAAAGAUUAUUUUUUUUUCUCACCAACUAAGAGUAUUCUCCAACCCAAUUGCAUAACAAAUUUAAUUACAUGCUACAUAAAUUUUAAUUAUUAUUUUUUAUUACACUUUGUAUUACAAAAAAUAACUAUGAAUGAAAAAAGUAUAAAUCAAUAAAUAAAUGGAAAUUUAUAUUAAAAUAUAUUGAUCUGAAUAAUAAACGGAUAGAAUAAUACUGCGCUCUAUGACUGACUUUAAUUGCUAGUGUGUAAAAUGGCAUGUGCUUCUGACUUCAAUUGCUGUCUUUCCCACUCUGUAAGUGCAUUGUCGCCAUUAAGCGAAAACGAAAGUAUUUAAAGUAAACCACUUGAGGCAAUUCAAUCAAAAGACGGGAGUUCUGUUCCACUUAAAGACAUUUUAAUCGGUUAACAGAUGUUUAAUUCUCACACAAUUAGGCCAAUUAGGUGGCUAUGGCAACUUUUAUAAAUAUCGGUAAGUAUAUAUAAGUGUUGACGUAUUAGAUUUAAUGUGUAAGGAUUUUUUUUUUAAUUUGUUGAUUUCAUUCAGUGAGAAGACUUGCGAAAAGGGUUCAUAAAAAUGGGUUUUCAAAAUGGACGCUGCAAAAGACCUAUAGACCUAUAGGCACGGCAAAUGACGCCAAAUUUUUCCAUCUCUUUUUACAUUUCUCUUCAGUAAGGUUUGCCAUCAUGGGAAGAUAUACGAUCCAACAACGAGUCGAAAUUAUUAAGAUUUACUACCGAAAUACGGAGUCAUUGGCCUCAACAUUAAGAGCGCUACGUCCUACGUAGCGAUUAGGCUCAUUUCUCAUAAGUAAAAUAUGCGUUAUUGGUCAGGCAGCAAUCCACACGUACUCCAUUAGUCACCUGAAAAAAUUACGGUUUGGUGCGGUUUAUAUGCCGGAUUAGAUGAUAUGUGGUUCCAACAGAAAACCGCCACAAGCCACACAGCGAAUGUAACAAUCGAUUUAUUGAAAUCCAUUUUUGAUGAACGUCUCACAAAUUGGCCAAGUCAAUUAGCCGCCCUGGUCGGCGAUUUUACGCCGUUCAACUAUUUUCUGUAGGGCUACGUCAAGUCUACGGUCUACGUCAACAAACCAGCGACGAUUGAUGAACUUCAUACGAAUAUCGAAGGUGACAUUACAGCGUCUGGAGUUCUGCAAGCGGCUCGUGUUGGCCCUGCAAAAGAAAUCGAGUUUCACCUAUAAUAACAUUUCAAAGGAAUAAAGAAUUUCAUUGAUAUCCCAAACCGUUUACCACUUAGAACAUGGCAAAACAAUCAACUCUGAUAAAUAUCUACUUUAUUUGUCGGGAGGACAUCGGAAUCAAAAUAAAUUGCCAAAGUUGCAUCGAAGAAGUGGAGAUUGAGACAUCGAGACAAGUGCUCCUUCAUUGUCCAGAUUUCGCUAGACUGCGGCUGAAACAUCUCGGCAGGACGAGCUUCAAAACGCGUUAUCGUCACUUUCGUCACAGAGUUUGCGGCAUGACAAAGGACUGGUUUUAGCUGCCCAAAUGCGAUCUCCUGUGACACAGGGAUUCGCCCUUUCACAUAACCUAUAUACAUAUGUAUAUAUAAGUAGUACAGCCUACUUUACCACCAAAAAUCAAAGGAAACCGGUUCAAUGUUAGCUUCUGUCAAAUUCAAGUGAGAGCUGCUGAAAAACAUGCUUUAAAUUAAUUAUUAACUUACAUAUAUAAUAUUGUUAAAUUUCAGUGCAUGCUAUUUUAAAUUCUUAACUCUGCAACCUUAUUGAACAAACUAUAAUCGAUGAAUAAUAAUUAAAAGUCACAGAUAUAUUUGGAAUAAAAUAUGAAUCAUUCAUUCUUGUAUUUUGUUGUUGGAACAUUUUAUAUUUACAUUACACAUUUAACGAUCCCUUUGGCCACAUUAAACGCGUGAUAAUAUUUUUGCUUAGUAAUUUCAUGUUAUUACAAUGCUAUAGUGGUUAACCUAGAGUUAGAUCUAUUACAUACGUUAAAUCACAAACAUUAUUUAUAUUAUGUGUGCUCAAAGUGAUGAGGAUUUAUUGAAAGAACAUAAAACAAGCGGAAGUUAUAGUUAAAAUAAUUCAAAGAAAGAAAGAAAUGGAAACAAACCACCUUCUUAAGCACCCGAUGCAUUAAAGUAAUGUAAGCUUAUUAACGAAGCAUGCAUGGAAUUGAAUUUAAUAGAACUUUUGAUCGCUGUCUUUAUUUAUUAUAUUUUGUAUUUUCAGUGGUGUUAUGUGUAAUUGGUAACUCCAGAAAAUGGCUCGCGAUAGUUCGAACAAAGCGCAGCAGGAUGAAAAGAUACACUUUUGACGCAACGAAUCGGCAAAAAAAAAAUAAAAGAAUGAAAUGUCUUUGUUUUGUUUAACUAAAAAAUAGAUUAUAAUUGUAAAAAUAUAUGUAUAUGUAUAUAUAUAUGCAUGUAUACAGUUCCUUAGAUAAUUAUAUUAUUAUUAGAUAGACGUAUGUAGACAAUUUGGUAGCUAUGGUGAUAUUGUAAUAGUUGCUGCUUACACAUAUAUAUUAGUUGUUCUUGCAACAGUUUAUUUUCCAUUAAUUUGUUUUGGUUUUUGUUGUUUAUUUUAAUUUUUUUUUGCUUCUUUUAAACAUUUCUGGUUGUUAUUGUUUAUUGCAGUACGUAUUUUGCAUUCUCUUCUAUGCUUACAUGUACUUACAUAGCAGUAAAAUGAUAAAAGUUACAUUCGUAUUUACCUAUAACUAAGUAUUUGUAUAUAUGUAUGUAUGUGUGUAUGCAUGCAUGCACACAAAUAAUCGAAGCCAAUAUUAAUCACAUUUGAUGUAUACAUAAAUUCUAAUCAAACAAUUAAAAACGAAUAAAACUAUAAUAAUUUACAGUUGCUCCUACACACGUAGAGUCACACAUUUGCUUGUUGUAACUCCCUCAGUAAGCGUUGACAUCUGCGCUGGAGUUCGCAAGCAGUAUUAGCACCUGACACUGUGACAUUGUGACCAAUCAACGCGCUACCACCGUUCGUGGUCGCUUCUUUAGAAACGCACACACACACAUAGCUGAGACCAUAUCCGAUAUCCGUAUGCAUACAAUUUACUUAUUUCUACAUAUCAUUUUAUUUAAAAUAUAAACGUUGUUAUUCUCAUUCUCACUCCAGCUCACUGCAAAGGCUAUGUCUGAUUUGGUGCUAGCUUUUGUUGUUUGUGACGGCCACAUCUGUAGAUUUCACACUCAUAUGCGUUGUGUGUGUUGCGUGCGUGCGGCUGGUGUUGCUACCUGCGUCUGUUGCUGCUGUUGUUGUUGUUGUUGUUGUCGUCUCGGUGCAACUAAUUCGCUGCCAUUUGUGGCAUUAAUUUCAUUACGCGUUGCAACUGUGACUGGCUCAUAAAUCGACUGCUGCGGCAACUCAUCAUCAUCAUCGUCAUCAUCAUCGCAUUCUUUGAAGGAACCAGCUAAAUUCGGAUUGAG